CGGGAUCACAAUCUUGCACGUGGCCGCACGAAUUGCUGAAUUACCUCGCAAUGGUACCAGUCAAGAGUCCCUACAACAUGAGCACGAGCACCAAAACUCGGAAAGGUACAAGCUGUGAUACUUGCAAGAGGAGGAAAGUGCGAUGUGUUAGUACGAAUAACGGUGAUGGGAGUUGCAAUACUUGUACGAUGGCCAAGUUAUCAUGUACCUAUACGGGUACUUUCAAAGUACGCGAGCCUUGCAGUGUUGAUCAUCGUCUUGUACUAGUACUAACUUUCAACGUUCAACCCUAGAAUCGAGUGAUUUCCAA